ACUGUACCUACCAACUUGUAGCUAGCAGGCAGCCAGCCAGCCAACUACAGUAUCAAAACAAAUCCCUCACCUCUACUACCAAGUUGGAGUGAGCCAGGUGGCAAGGGUGUGAGGAGAGAAAAAUCGAUUGAAGAAAAUUAUUAGGUCCCUGGUGAAAGGUGCGGAUAAACACGACAGGUGGAUGGAUUUCUCAGUGAAGCACCUACUCCUUACUCCACUGUGAUAUGACAUCACUGAGUGGUUACCACAGAAACCAGGGCUCCACUGCAGACGGUUGACAGCCAGUCAAGUGUUUUUCCACAGGGAUGGCUGCACAAGUGGAGGUGCAGACUGGGGAGGUGGAAAGGAUUGGUGUAGGGGGUCGACUGCACCUCAGCCCUCUGUCUGACUCCAGCAACAAGAGCCUCACGGAGGGUCCCUCCAACACCCAGGCCUCCCUCAUCAUCACCCCAGAGCCUAGUAAGCCUGUCCCUGCACCUAAACCACGGCUCACUCCCAGACCUUUCGCUGUGGAGAAAAACCCCAUCAUCCGGCCCAUAGUUGCGCCUAAGCCUAAUACCAAGCCCCGACCAGUGUCCACUCGUCCUACUUCUUACAAACCUGACUCACCCAGCACCUCAAAACAUCAGCAGCCGAAUGUCACCAGCAAACACAGGCCAGUGCCGACCAACCCCAGCUGUCCUGCUCCUAACUCCUACAAACCCUCUCGUAAGUUGAGCAUGGGACAGACCACGAAGCCUGUAGCCCAGCCCUUCAAACCCGCCCCUCUUCUAACCCUUGGGGACCCCAGCAAACCAACUCCCUCCCCACCGGUGCGGCGUCAGAAGCCAGCUGCGGCAGGCUUGUUCCACUCACGAGGCCCUAAGAAACCGCCUUCAGCAGAAUGGUCCGGAUCCACCAAACCAGAGAAGGAAAGGAACAAAACAGCAUCCAGUAUCAGAGCUGGGGCAGCCUCUAUGACCAGAGCCAAGUCUAUGGGCUUCCUCAGUCAGAUAGGGCAAGAUGAGGAGGAAAGGAAGGGGGAUGAAGGGCCCAAGGUCACAGUUCAACUCCGAUCCCAGUCUAGAGCCUCCAGGCCCAGACCUGUGUCGGCCAUCUUCCUGCCCUCUCCCACUCAGGCUGAGUCGCCCACCCCAGCUACUCGCUGGGCAGUGAGACGUCCCCUCUCAGCCGACCUCACCUCCAAGUUUGAGUCCAUUGGCCUGUCGCUGCACCACGGCCGACCUGCCAAGACCGACAGCAAGGAAAACACUCCGGUGGAACCGCUACGGAGGACAGAGAAGGUGAAGGGAGCAGAGGGGACCAAUGUUACACCACCGGCCCCAGACAGCAAGCCCUCAGCCCUCGUACGAGGGAGAGAGAAUAAAACAGAGGAAGAGGAGGAGGAUGAUAAGGAUGAGGGAAAGGGUGGAGGCAGCAUUAAGAGACAGAUCAGUCUCUUGCUUGAUUCCUCCUCUUCUUCCUCUCCUGUGGUUCCUCUCCGUGUUGCUGCCCAAAGACCAGGGUCUAACUCUCCAGUACAGCCAAUCCAAGAGGCAGAUGUAACAUUGGGUGGUGUUAAACAGCGAAUCAGGAAGCUUACUGAAGAUACUGUUACACCACCAGCCCAGACCCCUGCUGUUAGACCACAGUUCAAGUCCCGCCCUCUGCCCCCUGACCUGACCAGAAGGCUUGGCUCUGAGAGGUCCACAGACCUCGGCAGUCCCUCCCCCAAUGAGGCGACAGACCGCCAUGAGAGUGACACUGAUCCUCAAAGGAGGGUGGAGGACUCCGUUUACAGCUUCAGUCACCAACAAAAGGUGGAUGAGGACAUCAGAGGCAUACAAGAGCAGCCCACCCAGACCACCUCUGACCCAUCAGCAGUACUGACUGAGGCAGGGCGACGGGUGGAGAGCUGCCCCAGCAGUGGGGCGCAGACGGUGCGAGCAGCCCUGUUUGAGAAUGUGGUGGAGAGACACAGCGUGCUGGUGAUGGAGGAGGAUAGGGCACAGAGUGCCACAAAGGGCUGUCCCAAGAGAAGUGUGACCCUCAAACUUGGGGAUGGGGAGAACGACGGCAGCCUGGUCACCGCCACCUACCGCAAGCCUGUGUCUCCCUCCAGUCCACUUCUUGUAGAGCACUUGUUUGACACUGUGCAGGCAGUGGGAGAGAGGAGAGCCGUUAGUGAGAGUGUCCCUUUGGCUCAGCUGGAGGACAAAGCCAUGACCCUGCGUUCCAGGCGUUCUGAGGGGAAUCGGUCAGCCAGGGCUGAGCCAGUGGAGGAGAGACAUGCUCAGGUCCAAGGAGUCCUCAGUUUGGCUCAAAGGAGAGCACCAGCCUCCCAACAGGAACAGGGUCCACGCUACCUGAGGGUUGGAGUUCUGCAGAAGUGGAAUACCACUGAGAUGGAUAGGGAGGCAGAGGUAGAGAAAGGAAGGCAAAGGGAAAAGGAGAGGGAGAGAAUGGAGGAUGAGAAAGAGAGGCAGAGGGAAGCGGAGAGGAGGAUGCAAAUGGAUGUAGACAGGGAGAAGCCGAGAGAACAGGAGAGGGAGAGAGAGGAAGUGGCAGCACCGAAGCGGUUGAAAAUGCUGGAGGCAGAUGAGCAGCCACCCAAGGCCAGGGCCACCUACUUUGCUCUGACUGGUCAGAUCCAGGAAAACAUAUCCUAUGGGGACGAGGAAACCGAGAGAGGGGACGUGGAAGUUCCCUUUGACAAUUUCUCUAUGAAGUCUGGACAAUGGGGCUCUCAAGGGAAGGUCUUACAAGUACGAAGGAACCCCUCUCUAGAUGAAGCUUUUGGAAAAAGCUCCCAAGGUCAACAACAAGAAGAACUGAUGGAGCGGAAUCAAACACCGGAAAGGGAGAGAGGAACGGCAUGGGACAGACGGACAUGGAGGGAGCAGCUGGAAAUAGAAAAACAAAAACAAGUAGACCUUGAGAAAGUAAGAGAAUUGGAGAGGGAGAAAGAACGGCAGAGGGAGAGCAAGGAGUUUGAGAGGGAGAAACAGACACAGCUGGACAUGGAGAGACAGAAACCGUUAGAAUAUGCAAGAAAGAGAGAGAAGGAAAAGCUAAAAGAAUUAGAAAGAGAGAGACGAAAUGAGUUGGAGAGCGAGAGACAAAGAGAGCUGGAAAGACAUCGAUGGCAAGAGCUGCAGAGGGAGAGACCGAUAGAGUUUGAAAAGGAGAGGCAGAGACAGUUAGACUUAGAGAGACAGAAAGAGUUUGAAAAGGAGAGGCAGAGACAGUUAGACUUAGAGAGACAGAAAGAGUUUGAAAAGGAGAGGCAGAGACAGUUAGACUUAGAGAGACAGAAAGAGUUUGAAAAGGAGAGGCAGAGACAGUUAGACUUAGAGAGACAGAAGGAGUUGGAGAGGACUGAAGAGUUGGAGAGAAUAAAGGAGAUGGAGAGAAGGCAAGCGUUUGAGUUUGAAAAACAGAAGCAGAAUGAGAGAGAGAGGCAACAGCUUCUUGAGCUUGAAAAGCAGAGACUAAGAGAAAAAAUGGAGAGAGCGGAGCAGGAGAAGAUGAGACAUCAAGCCAUACAACAGGAGGAAGACAGACAGAGAGAGUUGGAAAGGGAAAGACUGCAAGAGUUGGAGAGAGAGAGGCAACGCGAUCUGGAAAGACAGAAACGGAGAGAGUUGGAGAGGCAGAGACAGAAACAGUUGGACUUUGAGAGACAGGAAUUGGAAAACCAGAGGGAUAGAAAAGGGGAGUUAGAGAGGGAGAGACAGAGGGUAGAAGAACUGGAGAGAAUAAAGGAGAUGGAGAGAAGACAACUGUUUGAGUUUGAAAAACAGAAGCAGAAUGCGAGAGGGAGACAACAGCUUCAUGAGCUUGGAAAGCAGAGACUAAGGGAAAGGAUGGAGAGAGAGGAGCAGGAGAAGAUGAGACAGGUAUCCAUACAAGAGGAGGCAGAGAAACAGAGAAUCAUGGAGAGGCAGAGGAGAGAGAACCAGGAGAGGGGGGUGCUGGACUCUUUACCUCUCAGACCUAAAAUGCUGGAUCUAGACCCUGUGUCUCUGGGUGACAAGCACUCCAGAGGCAGUCCUCACUCCCCUGGUGUCCGCUGGAAGCAGCCCUCUCCCUGGGCAGAUGACCACUACAGACCUGGUAUCCUGGACAUAGACUCAUUCAGGUCCCAGACCGAGACACAACCCUUGCCCACUAGAGAGGUGUUCCCUGUCACUGGCAUCCAGGGCUCAGACCCAGGUAGUGGGGUAAGCUCCCACCCCCACUCUCUAGAAAGGGAAGGUGGCCAUAGGAUGGCUCCCGAGGGCGCAGUGGGGCGACCCAGUACAGUGUGGGCCCCCUCUCAGCAGGAGCUGUGGGAACAGAGGCUAAGCAUCGACGAGGAAUCAGUGGAUAGGCCCAUGGCUGGACCAGAGCCACCCAGGAAGUCUGCCAAUAAACCCAGCCUGGGGCAGCUCCUCCACAGACUGGAGGACAGGGCCACAGCCCCCAUCCUGGUCCCAGAGAGACGCUGGUCUGGUAUGCCCAGUGAAGCAUCCUUCCCCAGGAGAGAGCCCCACAGCCCUGGGUCCCCCAUGGAGCAGACCUGGUUCCCCCAGGACUCAGAGCCCCAGGGGCACAGGGCAGAGGCCAGAGGACAGAGGAGAUCUCAGGGCUCCCAGGAGCUGAACCGGAUGAGGUCCCGCAGCGUGUCCCAUAGAUCAGCCCCGUCUGAGGGUGCUAUGGAGGGGAGCCUGUCCAGGAUGAGGAGCAGGAGUGCACAUAGAGAGAGGGUCCGACAGAGCUGGGAGCAGUUGAAGCAGAAUCUGGACGGUGAGGAGUGGAGGGACAUGGACACACUGGUCCAUGAGACGGACAGUCAGUACGGGACCUGGGAGACAGGACUGCACACUGACGAUAGCCUGACUCCUGCCACGCCCACCUCAGACAGCCACCCCGGUCAGUCCCCUAGGAAACCCACUCCACUUUACACGCCAGGGGAACAUGUCCACUCCCCGCCCAGCGACCUCGACACUCCAGACGGCUUCCCUGCCCAGACCGAGAAACAACCCCUCCCCUUCCCUGAGGCAUCCACCAGCCUGCUGGACUCCAGUGCUCUGCGCUCCAGGGUGCAGUUGAGUAAGAUGCGGGGGCCACGUUCACGCCCCUCCAGGGUCUCUCGUAAGACUGCUGCUCUGUCUGUACACCCAGAGGGGCAGGCCACGCCUACUGAGGACUGGCGCUCUCGAGACUCCACAGAGGACAAAGUGGAGUCUUCCAAGAAGGACUCAGACUCUGAGGAGCAAGCGAGAGGAGCAGACCCCCGCUCUGCUGCUGCCUCCUCCCAGCCCCAGAGAGUCGCCCUCUUCCCUGGGAUGGACCCAUCUGCUCUCAUGGCCCAGCUCAAGAAGAGAAGUGACUCUGACAAUCAGACUGAGGGACCCGCCACUUCUUCCUCCCAGUUAUCCCGUUCUCCUAAAUCCCCCUUCCUUCCCCGGGCAUCCCGUGUGCUGCCCCCCUCCGGAGGGAAAGAAAAUGGUGAAGAGGCCUCACCACAGUGGCUGAGAGAGCUGAAAUCCAAGAAGCGCUUGAGUCAGUAUGAAAAUGACAGCUAAGUGUGAAUGAGCAGGUUGCCUUAACUGAAGAAUCUGGUGGAGAAUCGGACAGUAGCCUUAACCUUGGACCCUGAGAAGAUGGGAAUUCUGCUGCUGACGUUGUAAUUCGUCAUUUGUUUGUUUGUUUUCUCUGUUCUCUUCCUGCCUGGCUCAAAUACAUGUGCAUGGUGCCUUCUUUCAGACAACCUCGGUCUUAUGGAUGAAACGAGCAAGGGAAAACAUGGGGCUGCUCUGCUCAGCCUGUCCAUUUCACUGCUAGCUCCUCCACCUCCUGUGUCAGGGGGGUCUUUGCAUAAAGCCACUUUACCCUCUCACAUGACAGGGGAGACUACGGAAGGGGGGAUCCCAUUCUCUCCUGUCCGGUUGUAUUUCAUUAAUGGUUAACUUGUGGGACCACAUGCCUCUUAACCUGGAAGUGCUUCAGUAAGCUGGAGGACAGUAUAGCACUCCACAAGACAUAUUUUUAUUUAGUUUUCUAUUUUAAAUCUCAUUUUCAGGUUUGUCUAUGCGUUAACUGUAUCUGUCAGUGGAGGAGUGUUGGAAAAUAUUUCAGAUUUUAUUUUUUGUCAUGGAUCAUAGAGAACAAAACACUGCUGAACUAAUGGUCAGCCAGGCUGUAUUAUGUGUUACUAAUAAAUAUGCUAUCUGUAAUCAUGAAAUGUUAUAUUUGUAUUGUUGCUCAUUUGAAAGCUGAAUCAUAACAUGUCAGAGUGCUGGGUUUGUAUGGAGAGCAUUUAAAGCAUCGAGGCCCCAUUCCUCUGAGCCACUCAGUGACUGAUGUCAUCAACUAACUGAGAAUCUGUUGUGUUGACGUCAUGCAGUCCCUUUAAACUUAUGGUUAAAGAGGAAUGCUUUGUGUUCGCUGUAUUUUCAAUCAUGUCUGAAUCUGUUUCUACUGGUGGGGAGGGGAAGGGUUAAUCACAAUGGACAUCUACCUCCAUCUCAGUUACACGCACACACAUGAACACUAAUCAGCCUGUUCUUCCUCCCUUCACCUCCACUUACCUCUUCAGUGAAAGAUCAAAUGAUUGUGUGUGUAAUACUGAUGGAUGAGUGAGUAAGGAUUGCAAGGAAAAUGUACAUGUUACCAAUGAGCCAUACAUUUAAUGUGCACUCCAUGCAGUCUCUGGUCCUUUUCGUCAUGCUUUGCUCAGACACUUAACUGAAUGGCCACACCAAGUAGCAGUGGUACAAUCACAGUCUGGAUAUCAUGGCUUCAUCCACAACUGUAAUGGUCCCAUUGUGCACAUGGUCGGUGCAUCGGUGUGGAUGUAUAGUGGAAUGGUAGGAGUAUGGAUUACACUACUCCAGUGGGGAAUGCAAGUAAACUAUAUUGUUUUGAGAUGAGGGUGGUAAUUUACCCUUUUUUCUGCAAAUGACUUGGACUAUUUGCACCAGUUGUUAUAGGGCUUGUUUGAUCUGUCAUUCCCCUGACCAUGUUAGCCAUGCGCCACUGUCUUACUACAGCACUGACCGCAUUCCACAUUUUCGUAGACAGACGUUGGAACGCUUAUGCAAUGCACGUGAAUGUUUUGAGGGAAUCUUUGGAGUCGUUGUCCCUUUGGUGUCUGUCCAUGGCGUUUGACUUUGUCAUUACUUAAUUUUUUCUCUUUCUCGUUUGUUUUAUUUGAAAGUAAAAUGUAUAUUGCACUGUUGUAAGGCCGUUGUUCAAAAGUGUAAAUUCUCAAUAAAAUGUACUGCGUUAAGCUUC